GGUAUAUAACGGCCGGGACGUAAACAGGGAGCAGCAGAGCGGAGCGGACAGAGCCACGGUCCGAAGCCGGACAGAGAAGCAGCCAUUCCCCGUCUGUUCUGGGUCGAACCCGUCCGUCAGAACAUAAGAACAUUUCUUUCCAACUUCAGCUACAGUGUUAGCUAAGUUCGGAAGGGAGGAAAGGGGAGAAACGUCGCGUUUUCUUUUGAUUUUUCUGCUUCUUGCUGCCGACGGUUGGACGCAGAGACAGCAGAGGAUCCGCUGCUUUCCAGCACAAAAGGAGGAAAAUCAGGCUGUUUGAAACGCUUUGACAUGGAAACUACUGCACCCAGGAAGGCGACAUGCACCGAAUCCAUCAGACAUUUCUUCACUUCAGCCAAGUUUCUUAUUUACAUGGGCCAUGCACUGUCAACAUGGGGUGACCGGAUGUGGAACUUUGCGGUGGCCGUUUUCCUGGUGGAGCUGUACGGGAACAGCCUGCUGCUCACGGCCGUUUACGGCCUGGUGGUGGCCGGGUCCGUGCUGCUGCUGGGGGCCAACAUCGGCAACUGGGUGGACAGGAACCCCCGGCUGAAAGUGGCCCAGACGUCGCUGCUGGUCCAGAAUAGUUGCGUCAUCACCUGCGGCGUUCUGCUGAUGCUGGUUUUCCACUUCAAGGCCCAGCUGGUGGAGCUCUACAACGGCUGGAUUCUGACCGUCUGCUACAUCCUGGUCAUCAGCAUCGCCAACGUGGCCAACCUGGCCAGCACGGCCACCUCCAUCACCAUCCAGCGGGACUGGGUGGUGGUGGUGGCCGGCCAGGACAGCAGCAGCCUGGCCGACAUGAACGCCACGGUGCGGAUCAUCGACCAGCUCACCAACAUCCUGGCGCCCAUGCUGGUGGGCCAGAUCAUGGCGUUCGGCUCGCACUUCGUGGGCUGCGGCUUCAUCUCCGGCUGGAACCUGGCCUCCAUGUGCGUGGAGUACUUCCUGCUGUGGAAGGUCUACCAGAGGACGCCGGCGCUCGCCCUGAAGGCCGGACACAAGGAGCCGCAGCACGAACUCAAGCAGCUCAGCCCACACAAAGACUGUGAAAACGGCCAGAGUCCAGAGGAAUCGUCUCAGCCGCUGAUGGACGCCGUGGCGCCCGGCGCCGCGGGCCCCGGCGAGGCGGCGGGCUGCUGCGGCGCRGCCAGCCAGCCUCUGCAGACCUUCAGGGCCGGCUGGGUGGCCUACUACAAGCAGGACAUCUUCCUGGCCGGCAUGUCGCUGGCCUUCCUCUACAUGACGGUGCUGGGCUUCGACUGCAUCACCACGGGCUUCGCCUACACGCAGGGCCUCAACGGCUCCAUCCUCAGCCUGCUGAUGGGCGCCUCCGCCAUCUCCGGCAUCUGCGGCACCGUGGCCUUCACUUGGAUCCGCAAGAAGUGCGGCCUGAUCCGGACSGGCUUCAUCUCCGGCACGACGCAGCUCUGCUGCCUCCUGCUGUGCGUCUGCUCCGUCUUCGCCCCCGGCAGCCCCUUCGACCUGAGCGUGUCGCCCUUCCAGGACCUGUACGCCCACCUGAUGGGGCAGCAGAGCCUGCCGGAGGCCGAGCACAGCCUGGGCGCCGCCUUCAGCACCAACGCCACCACGCCGCCGCCGCCGGCCCACGAGCUGCCGCCGCUGCASUCCUACAUGUCCGUCAGCCUGCUGUUCGCCGGCGUCAUCGCCGCGAGAGUCGGUCUGUGGUCCUUUGACCUCACCGUGACCCAGCUCAUCCAGGAGAACGUGAUCGAGUCGGAGCGCGGCGUGAUCAACGGCGUCCAGAACUCCAUGAACUACCUCCUSGACCUGCUGCACUUCAUCAUGGUGAUCCUGGCGCCCAACCCCGAGGCCUUCGGCCUGCUCGUCAUCAUCUCCGUGUCCUUCGUGGCCAUGGGUCACGCCAUGUACUUCCGCUUCGCCUUCAAGAGCCUGGGCAGCCGCCUCUUCCUGUGCUGCUCGCCGGAGCAGAAGGCGGAGACGGACGCCUCGCCCCCCACCACCGUGUAGAGCCGCCAUUACAGAGACUCUGUCCCAGCCGGACCGCCCUGCCUCUCAUUCACCCAACUAACACCAACGCUUGUAGCUGUUAGCGUCCUGAUGCUGGGUAGACGGGUUAGCGUCACAGAAAACUAGCUUGUAGCUUUAGCUAAGACAGAGUUUGCUUAUUAACACAUAGUUUAGUCGAGGCUCCGCCUCCUCCAUUCGACCCGAGGUACGACGUCCUCCCGUUGGCCGGCCGGCUGUACGCGGCGGCGGCAGCGGACGGUCAGGGAAGCGGGCGAUGGGCGCGGGUUGAACGCCUCCCGCCGGUGCUGCGGAGACGCCUCCUACUUAACCAAACUCACUGGCCUCUUAAGGAGUCCGACUAUAUUUAUUCACUAACUUUACUUUAUCAGCAGUAUUGUGUUUUUCUCGUGCCAAACAAGAACUCGCGCACCGCAAUAAUAGCUCUUAGUUACCAAAGUCUCUGGUGAAAAAGGAAGUGAGGGAAGCCAGGUCUCUGCAGUACGUCUCCGCGCCUGCGGGUGGCAGCACCACCGCAGGCGGGCUGAGCUCUUUCUCCCAUUAGAAGAGAAGAAAAUCGUCUUUUCAGGUAGUUUGCAAUAAUGUUUCAGUUCUUCAGUGAUUUCUGUCGUGAUUGUUUUUACUCAGGCACUUUAUGUGAUUGACGUUUGUCAUUCCACUCUGAUCAUCGGGCACUCGUUCAGUUUUUUAGUUUCUUUUUGCACAAAGUUGAAGCCCCGCCCACUAACCGCGGUCCGUCCUCAGUCACCAGGCGUCUGCGGUGGAAGACAACAAAGGCACAUAUUAUAAACACUCAGCAGCGCCAGGASAAACGGCCAGUUCCUCAAAUUACAGACGUCUCCAUCAGCCACACUGACCAGACGUCACUUUCAUUCCUUCAUGUCAAACUGAUUCUUUGUUUUCCUGAACUUGGUUUUAAGAAACGGACUUCAGAAAAGACUCAACGGUUUUCUUUGGACUUUGGCUGCUGAUCAUUUGUAGCAGUUCACAGUUUUCGGGCUCAUUCAGGCUGCGACGCCGCGACGCCGCGUCCUCGCCGCUGCGCCGCGGUCCUCGCCGCUGCGCCGCGUCCUCGCCGCUGCGCCGCAGUGCUGCUCCGAUGAACAGAAGAAAAUCAGACUGAAUAAUUCAACUUAUAAUCCAUCUGAGGUAUAAACUCAGCCAGAGUCCAAAAAACCCAAAAGCUCCAGAAGAACUAUUGAUCAAGACCAAAAUUAGCUGCUGAUCAAGUCAAACUCAGAAUUAAAUGCUUUUCAUUUUGCAUCCAAACAGAUCAAGUUCUUUUAAAUGUUGAGUAAAACUCUGCAGACCUUCUGGAGGUUUUUCUUUCUUUGGWCCUUCGCUGCCGAGCAUCAGGCUAACCUCAACAUUCUGGCUCCAACAGAACCUGAACAAAUGUUUUACUGGGACUUUAUUCAAGUUCUGGGCUGAAAAUAAGUAAAAAAGCAAAGAAAGUCCAAAGAAAACUCCAGAAAGUCUUCAGAACCGAGAGUGUAGACUGGUUAAAAGAUGACAGCAGACGUAAAAUAUGAAGAUUUGUGGCAGAAUCAGAACCUUUUCUAGUUAAAUCUGGUCAGAAUAAUCCAGAUUACUGAGGUUCUGGGCCAUGCGGGUCGAUUUAAACUACAGAGCAAAUCAAGACGAAUGAAUAUUUAACCCCGGAGGUCUGAACAGUUCUCUACCUUAUAAAUACAACUUUAUAGCUUCAUCCGCUUCCUGUCUGUCUGAGCGCCUUACUGGAAACCUGCCGACCGCCGCCUAACGCACACAGAACCGAACCGGGUCGUCAGAACCGGGUCGUCAGAACCGGCCCGGAGCGGAGCAGAACCGAGGGAGUCCUAGUCAGGAUAAUCACUCACUAACUCAAGUUAACAUCAGGUCUGAGUCGACUUUAGCUUAGAGGAACAGAAAUAAAUAUGAACCGUUUGUUUUUUUAUUGUUUUUAUAUCUUGUUUCUGUGCUAAUUUGUGCUUUUAUUGCAUUUUAUUUGAAAACACCUGCUCUAAUCUCCUUUACUUUAAUAUGUGUGUGUGUGUGUGUGUGUUGUAUAUAAACAUACAGUAUUGUAGUUUUAUAGUUAAGAGCGUGAAUCAUAAAGGAAUCAGGUUUGUGUAAAAAUCACACUCCAGUAGAUGAAGAGGUUCAGAAAUAAAGAACUGGAUGAAAACCAG